UUUCAGCAUUGUGUAGAAAUUACCAAAUGGGAACUAUAUAUUGAGCCAACUUGUUUGACUUGAAAUUUUAUUCAAUGAAAGAUAACGAUAAACGAUUGAUUAGUCUUCAAUGAUUGGCUGAAACAGAUAGCUCAGACCUACCAAACUCGUUUUGGAUUUCACAUCUUUCUAUAUUUAGCAAAGAAGUACCAAAAGUUGCAUAGAAGAAAACCAUAAUAAUGUCUGAAUUGAAAAUGAACCAAAAACAGAAGCAUUUUGUUCUAGUACAUGGUGUUAGCGUUGGAGCUUGGAGUUGGUACAAGCUUAAACCACAGUUAGAAUCUGUAGGUCACAAAGUCACAACAUUUGACCUUGCAGCUUGUGGCAUCAACACACACAAAAUUGAAGAUGUUCAUACUUUUGCUGAGUAUGCUAAGCCUUUGUUAGAGUUCUUAACCUCACUUGAUCCAAAUGAAAAAGUGGUUCUUGUUGGACAUAGCUUUGGAGGAAUGAGUAUAGCUCUUGCAAUGGAAAAAUUUCCUGAAAAAAUUGAAGUUGGAAUUUUCUUAGCUGCUUUUAUUCCUGAUACACAACACAAACCAUCAUAUGUUCUAGAACAGUAUAUUGAGAGAUACCCGGUUACUGGAUGGUUAGACACUGAGUUUUCAUUUGGUGGAAACAAAAUGCUGUUGCUACCUGGCUCAAAGUUCUUGUCUACUAAGUUCUUUCAACUCUGCUCCAUUGAGGAUUUGGAAUUGAUGAAGAUUUUAAUAAGGACAGGAUCACUUUUUCUUGAGGAUUUAUCUGAAGCAAAAAAUUUAUCCAAGGAGGGAUAUGGGUCGGUUCCACGUGCUUGUAUUGUUGCAAAUGAUGACUUGGCCAUUCCAGUGGAGUAUGAACAAUGGAUGAUCCAAAAUGCUGGGAUUGAUGUGGUCAAAGUGAUUAAUGGAGCAGAUCAUAUGGCUAUGCUUUCUAAAACUCAAGAACUUUGUUUAUCUCUACUUGAGAUUGCUGAUAAAUAUGCAUGCUCAAGUCAAUGAUAUUUAGGGGAUACAUUUGAACCGAAAUUUAACUAGUAUGUUGUAGUAAAUUGAAUAAUGUUUUCCUAAGAGACUCAUUUUUUUGUAGCACCUAAGAGACUCAUUUUUAUUCAUUGUAUGAACUAAUAAAAUUGAGAAUUAUUUUACUUGACAAAUAUAGUUCUUGAGCCAUCA